AUGGCACUUGAUCUCAGCCGCAUCGGUCGGAAGCACUAUGUUUCCCAGGCAGGAUUGGCCUCCAUUCUUGAAGCUGUCAGAGAGUCUGGCUUGCCUAGAGGGAUAUCGAAAAGCGCCGUCAAGAGAUCCAGGCAGUCGGCCAUGCAGGUUGAGACUCCCUUCGGCUCCCUGUUGAAACAGUGGAGCCUCGUUGACACAAAGGGUCGAGAGGUGAAGGUGGAGUAUCUGCACCCCAUGGCAUGUUUGUGGCAUGCCCUGCACACGUGUGCAAAGUUCCGGGCACUCUUCGAGAACAUCCUGGCAACAUCGCCAUGCGACAUGAGCCGGAGAUGGAGACUGGUCAUCUACUCUGAUGAGGUGUCACCGGGAAACCAGCUUAAGGUGACCAAUGCCAGAAAGGUUCAUGCCUUUUACUGGGCAUUCCAGGAGUUUGGGCGGGCUCUGAUGGCAGAAGACGGCUGGUUUACUCUGACCUGUGUCAGAACACAGACGGUGAACCAGCUGCAGGACAAGCUGUCGCAGCUGACGAAGCACUGCAUCAUGUCCUUCUUCGAGCCCGGCACGAAUCUGCUGCAUGGGGUAAGCCUUGGGUUCCCUGGAAAUCCUGGCUUUGUUUUGGUCGCCACAGCAGACACCUUGCUGGCGGACGAGAGUGCACUGAGGCAGAUGCUGGAGUUUAAAGGAGCCUCUGGGAAGAUCCUUUGCUUCCUUUGCAGGAACUGCAUCAACGAGCGGUAUGCAACACAGCCUCUCAACCCUCAGCUGGUAGUACACAGCUGCACCGACGAAUCCCGAUUUCUUCUCCAUUCCAGGGAAUCCUUGAGGAAGACCGUCGAACACUUGGGUUCGCAGCAUGCCAUUUUGAACAAGGACGAAUUCGGCAAACUGCAAAUGGGUUUGGGCAUCAACUAUUCGCCACAAGGCGUUUUGUUCAGCGAGAACGUGAUGAACCUGUUCGACCCCAUUCGUGCCUUGAUGUUUGACUGGAUGCACGUGUUUCUAGUGGCAGGGCUUCUGCACGUGGAAAUCAAUGCAGUGCUGGAGGUCCUCAUUCGGGCUGGGAUCCCGCAGGAUGGGCUACAUCGUUUCUUCCAGGAGUGCACGUGGCCAUCUUGGAUACGAUCCAAAGCUUCGGGUGUGAAGAACUUUUUCGAGAAGAAGCGAACGGCUGAGCACGAUCUGAAAUCAUCAGCUUCAGAAGCCUUGGGAGCCUAUCCUGUGAUGAGGCUCUGGCUGCAGGAAGUGAGAAGGAAACCAGGUCUUGGAAUUGAGGUUCGUCAGGCAAUCAACUCCUUCAUGCUCCUAUGCCAAGUCUUAGACCUCUUACAACAGACCCUCCUCGGGAAUGUCGACCCUGCCGAGCUCGGAACGGCGAUCAAAUCCCAUUUGGACUGCUUCAAGGCAGUGUACCCAGACAAGGCCCUGCUGCCUAAGGCACACAUGGCUUUACACCUCAGCAAACAGCUUCAAACAAAGCGAUGUUUAAUCAGUUGUUUUGUGCACGAGAGGAGACACAAAGAGUUGAAAAGGUAUGCAAACCAACAGGCCAAUGCUCAGGCAGGAAGCGAAAAACACCUGCUUCAGGAGGUGUUCCUCACACACCUCCAAGCGCUUGAGGAGGAAGACCUCGUUCCCCGUCCCGGCUUGCACACACCCAAACCCGCCAACUCGGAGUUCAAGGCGCUCUUCGGUUCUCACUUCGGUAUUCCCGAAGCACUCCUCGCUGGAUUGGAAACUUCUUCCUCUGCAAGUGUUCCCAGAUGGAGGCUAUUGAAGUCUGGGGAUGUCGUGGUUGUGCGGGAGCCAUCAGGGGUUGGUGAAAUCAUGUGCCAUUGCCAAUGGGCAGAGCACAUGCUCACUUGCAUCGCAUUCUUCGAGGGCAAGGGGGAUAAUGUAUUCACCGUGCAAAAGCAGAACCUUACUUUCGUAACCACUCUCGAAAUCCUAGGGCCGUGUAUCGUUAAGAGUGACGGUGUACUGGCCACCGUGAUCCCGCAAGCUUGGGCAGUGUAA